GAACCUCCUCUGCAAUUCCCUCUAGAUAUAUAAAAGGCCGAUCCAACUCUCUCUAUUUUUCUCUUUCUCUCUCUCUCUGUGAUUCGUCUCCGAAGAACGCGUCAAGAAAAAUUUCUCUUCAGCUUCUAGUUCUAAGAGAGCUGCUAAGGGCUGACCUUGGAGAGCUAUUUAGAUUUUGGUCGCCAGGCUGCAGUGCCAUCUAUGACACCUUCCCGGGUGGCUGGAGGGUUAGUGCAUUCUUCUUCUAGUUCUGGCAUAUUUUUCCAAGGAGAUGGGCAGUCCCAGGCUGUGGGAAAUUCUCACUUGAGUUCAUCUUUUGGAAACUCAUCAAAUUCGAUUCCAGGAGCUGGACGUUCAAAUCUGGCGCCUGUUUCUGGAGAUGCGAGUAAUACAGUCUUGAACAGUGUGGCGAGCUCAGGGCCAAGUGUGGGGGCAAGUUCGUUGGUUACUGAUGCGAACUCAGGGCUUUCAGGAGGUCCCCAUCUCCAGAGAAGUGCCAGCUUUAAUACAGAAUCUUACAUGCGCCUACCUGCAUCACCCAUGUCGUUUUCAUCCAAUAAUAUAAGCAUUUCAGGCUCUUCAGUUAUGGACGGCUCCUCUGUAGUGCAGCAGAGCUCCAAUCAAGACCCAAGCUCCCAACAGGUGCCACAAAGUCAGCAGCAGCAAGGGGCUUCCAGUGCUACAUCGUUGCCCACGUCAAGAAUGGGCCAAGUUUCACUUCCCCCCGGCCCACGUGUCCCUGGCUCUUGCAUACAGGAUCCCAAUAAUAUAGCCCAGCUGCAGAAAAAACCCCGAUUGGAUAUCAAGCAGGAAGACAUUAUGCAACAGCAGGUUCUGCAACAACUACUGCAGCGACAGGAAUCCAUGCAAUUACAAACCCACAAUCCUCAGUUGCAAGCUUUAAUUCAGCAGCAGAGAAUGCGGCAACAGCAGCAACAGCAGCAACAGUUUCUGCAGUCUAUACCACCAGUGCAGCGAGCCCACAUACUGCAACAACAACAACAGCAGCAGCAGCAGCUGCAGUUGAGACAACAACUUCAACAACAGGGUAUGCAACCUAUGUCUUCCAUAAAGCGGCCCAAUGAUAAUGGUGUAUGUUCUCGUCGGCUAAUGCAAUAUUUAUAUCACCAGCGGCAACGACCCCCUACCCAUACUAUUGCCUACUGGAGGAAGUUUGUCGCAGAGUACUACUCCCCGCGUGCAAAGAAAAGAUGGUGCUUGUCAUUAUAUGAUAAUGUUGGUCAUCAUUCACUAGGUGUUUUCCCCCAGGCAACCAUGGAUGCUUGGCAGUGUGACAUUUGUAAUUCAAAAUCUGGAAGAGGAUUCGAGGCAACUUUUGAAGUACUCCCUAGACUUAAUGAAAUCAAAUUUGGAAGUGGUGUCAUUGAUGAGCUUCUAUUCCUGGACUUGCCACGUGAAUGUAGAUUUCCUUCCGGAAUAAUGAUGUUGGAGUAUGGGAAAGCAGUUCAAGAGAGUGUGUAUGAGCAACUUCGUGUUGUUCGUGAGGGUCAGCUUCGUGUUAUAUUCACCCCCGAUUUAAAGAUAUUGUCUUGGGAAUUUUGUGCACGCCGCCAUGAAGAACUUCUUCCCCGUAGGUUGGUCGCACCACAGGUGAAUCAACUGCUACAGGUUGCACAGAAAUGCCAAAGCACAAUUGCUGAAAGUGGACCUGAUGGGAUUUCUCAGCAGGAUUUACAGACAAACAGCAAUCUGGUUGUGACAGCUGGACGUCAGCUGGCGAGGACAUUGGAGUUGCAGUCACUAAAUGAUUUGGGAUUUUCAAAAAGAUAUGUCCGGUGCUUGCAGAUAUCUGAGGUUGUCAAUAGUAUGAAGGAUUUGAUGGAUUUCUGCCGAGACCACAAAGCUGGGCCAAUUGAGGGCUUGAAAAAUUAUCCUCGCCAUGCUACUGCUGCGAAGGUCCAGAUGCAAAAGAUGCAUGAUAUGGAGCAACUAGCAACUAUUCAGGGUCUGCCAACUGAUCGAAACACUCUGAACAAGUUAAUAGCAUUGCAUCCUGGACUAAACAGUCCGAUGAGCAAUAACAAUCACACAAUUGGCCGGGGAGCUUUAAGUGGCUCGGCACAAGCUGCUUUGGCGUUGACUAACUACCAGAACAUCAUGAUGAGACAGAACUCGAUGAAUUCAAACUCUAAUUCACUUCAACAGGAAGCCUCAUCUUCCUUAAACAACUCUAACCAGAACCCGUCUUCACCAUUUCAAGGGGCCACUUCUCUACUUCCAGGAACUAUGCAGAAUUUACCAGUUAGCGGCUUUUCAAAUUCCCAACUCUCUCAGCAGCAACGGUCACUGAAUGGUAAUAAUGGCUUACCGCAACAGAGCCAUCCCCAGCCGCAGCACGUGAUCCAGCAACUGCUUCAUGAUAUGAACAGCAACAGUGGGUCUCUUUCAGGGCAGCAUGGUAAUGGAAAUGUGACGAGGAAUGGAUUAGGGUUUGGAAGCAAUGCCACCUCAGCAGCCACUGCAGUCUCAGGAAGUGCUAUGGGUGGUCCUACACCGAGCAGAAGCAACAGUUUCAAAGCCGCUUCGAACAGCGACUCCUCUGCAGCCGGUGGCAACAACGGGUUCAACCAGAAACCUCCUGAUUUGCCACAAAAUCUUCAUUUGUCAGAGGAAAUGGUGCAGGAUAUAGCCCACGAGUUCACAGUAAAUGGGCUUUUUAACAGUGUUCUCGAUGAUAAUAUGGGUUUUGACUGGAAGGCAUGAGACACAUGCAUUGGCCGAUAAUCGACUUUCAUUUGGUGAGUGCCUCGGAAUAUAUCCUUCUUGUACAGGGUUUAUCUGGAUUAGCAAACAUUUGUUUUUUUUUUUUAAAUCUUUUUCUGUUUUUCCCUUUUACAAUUUGAUCUUUUUUAAUUAUGGAGUUUGUUGUGAUGUCAAGCACUUGUACUCCGGUAGGUGUUCAGUUUUUCUCUCUUUUUCCGUUUCUUUUUUAUUUUUUUUUCCUGUGGUGUUUUCGGCCGCCAAAGUCAUGCAAGUGUAAUCUAAUGGAUAUAAAACUUACGAACAUCUUCUGUUUCGCCGUAAGUAUGGUAUUUUACAUCUUUCAUUCCUUGGUGUUCAGAUCUUA